AUGACCGUCGCCACCGACCCCGUGGUGACCCGCAAACUGUCCGGCAGCGACUCCAGCGCCGCCGCCGCCGCCGAGAUCGCCUCCGAGGCCGCCAAGGCGACGCAGGCUGAGCUCGGCAUGGGCCUCAUGCAGUCCAUCCGGUUGUACCCCAAGGCCAUCUUUUGGUCACUCUUCUUCAGCACCGCCGUCGUCAUGGAGGGCUUCGACAAGACCCUCAUCGGCAACCUCUACGCGUACGACGUCUUCCAGCGCAAGUUCGGCGAGCGCCAGCCCAACGGCUCCUACGAGCUGACGGCCGCCUGGCAGGCCGGCCUCAGUAACGGCGCCCUCGUCGGCGAGAUCACUGGCCUCUUCCUUAACGGCCUCAUCGCCGACCGCUUCGGCUACCGCAAGACCAUGGUCGGCGGCCUCAUCGCCGUCACCGCCUUCAUCUUCAUCAUCUUCUUCUCGGAGACGCUCGUCCAGCUUCUGGUGGGCGAGAUCCUGAUAGGCAUCCCGUGGGGGAUAUUCCAGACCUUGACCGUGACCUACGCCUCCGAGGUCUGCCCGACGCAUCUACGCGCGUACCUGACGACCUACGUGAACCUCUGCUGGGUCAUGGGCCAGCUGAUCGCCAGCGGCGUCCUCCGCGCGAUGAUCCAGCGUACCGACGAAUGGGGCUUCAAGAUCCCCUUUGCGCUGCAGUGGAUGUGGCCCGUCCCGCUCAUCAUCGGCAUCCUGGUGGCCCCCGAGUCCCCCUGGUGGCUCGUCCGCAAGGAGCGCCUCGAAGAGGCCAAGGCGUCCCUGCUCCGCCUCACCAGCCGCAACGCGCAGCCCGGCUUCAACGCGGACGAGACGGUCUCGAUGAUGGUCCACACCAACGCGCUCGAGAAGGCCGCGCAGAGCGGCACCAAGUACACGGACUGCUUCCGGGGCAUCGACCUCCGCCGCACCGAGGUCGUCUGCUGCGUCUGGGCGAUCCAGACGCUCUGCGGCUCGACCUUUAUGGGGUACUCGACGUAUUUCUACCAGCAGGCCGGCAUGGACAAGGCCAACUCGUUCAGCAUGUCCCUGGGCCAGUACGCCAUCGGCGCCGUCGGCACCGUCUUCUCGUGGUUCCUGAUGCAGCACUUUGGCCGCCGGACGCUGUACCUCACGGGGCAGGCCGUCAUGUGCGUCGUGCUCGCCACCAUCGGCCUCGUCUCCUUCGCCGGCAGGGAGAACGUGGCGGCGCAGUGGGCCAUCGGCAGCCUGCUCCUCGUCUACACCUUCUUCUACGACUGCACCGUCGGCCCCGUCUGCUACUCCCUCGUGUCCGAGCUCAGCUCGACGCGGCUCCGGACCAAGACGGUGGUGCUGGCGCGCAACCUGUACAACAUCACCGGCAUCACGACCAACAUCCUCACGCCCCUGAUGCUCAACCCCUCGGCGUGGAACUGGGGCGCCAAGAGCGGCCUCUUCUGGGCCGGCAGCUGCGCCGCCUGCUUCGUCUGGACCUGGUUCCGCCUGCCCGAGCCCAGAGGCCGCACCUACGGCGAGCUCGAGGUGCUGUUCGAGCAAGGCAUCCCGGCGAGGAAGUUCAGCAAGACUGAGGUUGCCGGGUUGACCCGCAGGGCGCACCAGAGCGACAGGCUGUCCGAGAAGGGGUCUGAAGUGGGUGUCAGUGAGAUCGAAAAGACGGCUUCGGCAUAG